AUGCGCAAAAUCAAAUUCGCUGAACAAGGGGCUUUCAUGAAGGGCAGAUCCACAGCUGAGAAUUGUGCUCUAGCACUGGAAAUCUUGCAGGAUAUCAACAGAAAAGUUAACGGUGGGAAUAUCAUGCUUAAACUGGAUAUGGAGAAAGCCUAUGAUAGGCUUAGCUGGGAAUUCCUAUCGGAGGUGCUUACCAGAUUUGGGUUUGACAAGAAAUGGAUCACUAUGCUGGAAAAAAGUUGGUCCAACUGCUGGUUUUCGGUCCUUAUCAACGGCGAUGCUUGCGGGUUCUUCAAAUCAUCUCGUAGGCUCCGUCAGGGAGACCCAAUCUCGCCGGGUCUCUUCAUCGCGGCAGCAAAAGUCCUCAGCAGAGGCUUUGGCCACCUGCUUGGGAGUGGCCAAUGCCAGCCCUUCCAAGACCUGCAGGGACUGCCCAGUGAUCUCCCACCUUCUGUUCGCCGAUGA